GACAACAAAGAAAAUAACAACAAUUUAAAGUGCAAAAUGGUGAAGAUCGUUGACGAGCUCAACGCGCAUCAUCCACACAAUCACACGCCACACACACAGCAUCCACAUCCGCAUUCGCAUCCGCAUCUAAACACCGUCGGCGCAUUGAAUCUCAACCUGAAUCUGACGCCGGCAACGCUUCUCAUGAAAAUGGCAAGAACGCCGCAUCUAAAGUCCAGUUUCUCAAUAAAUGCAAUUUUGCCGGAGACUGUGGAACACGAUGAGCAGCGGGAGGAGCAGCAGCUGCGUGACCAAGACGACCAAAAGUUUAAUAACAACAACAACCACAAUAACAAUAGGUCACCACUUGGCUCAGAGCCGGAAAGCGAUGUGGAAUCGGAUUUAGAUGUCACCUCGAUGUCACCAGCACCUCCCGCCGAUGUGGAUGCUGAUGAGCCGGAGCCAGACGACGAUGAUCCGGAUGCCGAUGAGGAUGUGGAAUGUGAUAACGAUGGCGAUGGCGAUUCAGAGACCAAAUCCACAGACGGUAAACCCAUCAAGGACAAGAAAGGCAACGAGAAGCCGCCGUACAGCUACAAUGCCCUCAUCAUGAUGGCCAUCCGGCAGAGCCAGGAGAAGCGUCUGACCCUCAAUGGCAUCUACGAGUACAUCAUGACCAAUCAUCCGUAUUAUCGGGACAACAAACAGGGCUGGCAGAACUCAAUCCGCCACAAUCUCAGCCUCAACAAGUGCUUUGUGAAGGUACCGCGUCACUAUGAUGAUCCCGGCAAGGGCAACUACUGGAUGCUGGAUCCCUCCGCCGAGGAUGUUUUCAUUGGCGGCUCCACGGGCAAAUUAAGACGCCGCACCACCGCCGCCAGUCGCUCCCGACUUGCCGCCUUCAAGCGAUCACUGAUUGGACCCAUGUUUCCCGGCCUGGCUGCCUAUCCCCAAUUCGGACAGUUCCUCACGUAUCCACAGGCGGCACCCAGUUUGUUGGCCAGCAUGUAUCAGCGCUACAAUCCCUUUGCUCCAAAGAGUCCAGUGGGAGCCGGCCUGCUGCCUGGCAUGGUGGGGCAUCCGGGUGGUGCGACCCACGUGCCACAAUCCGGCCCGCCACCCCCACCGCCAUUCGUCAGUCCCGCCAGCAGCCAGGAGCUCUACCAGCGCCUGCAGUACCAGCAACUGCUGCAUCAACAUGCCGCUGCCGCCGCUCUGGCGGCACAUCAAAGGCAGCUCAGUGCAGCGUUGCCCACAGCGCCGGCGCCGGCGCCACAGCCCCACAUGACACAUCUCGGCCAGCCGCCCUCCUCCCCCGGUCAACAGCAGCAGCAGCUAUCGAAUGGUGGGGAGAGCAGUUCCCGAUCUCCGGGUCCAACACAGCAGCCGCUACUGAAGCCCGUUACAGUUGUCAGCCGCAACAGCUGAACACGAGUUGGGGCACAACCUGUAGUUAGUCCAUAAGUAUUCACUGUACAUAGAACAGCCGCGACUGAGGCGCUAGACGCUUGUAAAUAGAAUGAGUUUGAGAGCAAUCGAAAUAAUACCGAAAGAGCGUGCAAACUUCGGCAAGCCGAAUAUAAAAUACCCUUGCAAAAGCAGACAACUUUGGGUUAAAAUCAAAUGCUAAAAUAAAACUAUUGACUGAUUAAAUAGUCAAAAAAAUGUCCGAAAGUGAACUUAUCUUCUAUUUGUA